GAAAAAUAAUAUGUAUAUAUAUAUAUAUGUAAUUUUUUGUUUAUUUUCGUGGAAGAAAAAAUUUCAGGAAACCCAAAAACCCUUGUAAAACCCCAUUUUAAGUCUAACCCAGAAGUCUCUUUUAUCAGUGCGAGAGCGAGAGCAAAAUCAAUCUUUGAUUCAACCACGAUGAGAAGGGUUAACGGACUCGCAGUCCUCGGCCGAGCAGUUGCUGGUAUCGGCGGCGCAACUGGCGGAGCUCAACGCCGACUUCUUCACUCACAGAUUUUGACAUCGUGCUCUCAUUCUAGUCCGCUGUGGUUCACCCAACCACUCCUCGAUCGUUUUGGUCAAUCACGAAGCUCCAGGGCUCAGGGUUUCGAGGCUACAAUGCACUUCUCCGUCAGCGCCACGUCUCUGGCUCAAGAUAUUCAAGCCGCCAAGGAAAAGUUCCAACCAAAAGACGUGGUGCUCUAUCAGUACGAAGCCUGCCCUUUCUGCAACAAGGUCAAAGCAUUCUUGGAUUAUUACAAUGUCCAGUACAAAGUUGUGGAGGUUAACCCUAUCAACAAAAAGGAAAUCAAGUGGUCUGAUUACAAGAAGGUGCCGAUACUGAAGGUUGAUGGUGAACAUAUGGUUGAUUCAUCAGAUAUUAUUGCUAAGCUGUAUCAAAAGAUCAACCCUGAGAACUCUGCUUCAAAGAAUGAAGAGGAAAAGAACUGGUGCAGGUGGGUGGAUGAUCACUUGGUGCAUGUCUUAUCACCAAAUAUAUAUCGAACUACAUCUGAGGCACUCGAGUCCUUUGACUACAUCACAACUCAUGGUAAUUUUAGUUUCUCUGAGAGAAUAAUAGGGAAGUAUGCUGGAGCUGCAGCCAUGUAUUUUGUGUCCAAGAAACUGAAGAAGAAGCACAACAUCACUGAUGAACGUGCUGCCUUGUAUGAAGCUGCUGAAACAUGGGUGGAUGCUUUGAAAGGGCGACAGUUUCUUGGGGGAUUAAAUCCUAAUUUAGCUGAUCUAGCCGUCUUUGGUGUUUUAAGGCCCAUUCGGCACCUGAAAUCUGGCAGAGACAUGGUGGAGAACACACGCAUUGGUGAAUGGUAUGCUCGGAUGGAGAGUGCAGUGGGAGAGUCUGCUAGAAUUUAGGCCUAAAAAAUUGAAUUAAUAAGUUAUUGUAAAGUAUUAAACUUUGCUUUAGCAAUUAUCUGGAGUCUUGUCUUCUCCCAGACCCGGGGGGGUACGAGUGGAAGAAAUCAAAUAUUCCAUAAAUAAAAGAACUUUGAACUUUCACGAUCAAGAAUCGAAAAAGAAGCCGUUUUUGACA